AUGCCAGCUGAGCUAACACUGUGGCGAUGGCUUGGAGCUGGGCGGAGGAAGCUGAGCGGAGCCAGCGGAGCCCCCGAAAACGUUGAAAGUGAUACGGACGACACGUACGACGUACGCGCUGAGACUUCUGAAGCGUGUCGCGCUGGACGCUCCGGGUUGCAACUGGUUGGAGCGGUGCCGAUGUACCUCAAGAUUCACAGCGAGGGCGAAUUCUGCGAGGAGGCAGACUUCAUCGAGGCUUCGAUGAAGCACAACAUGUCCCACUACCCACGGCUUUUUGUGGGCAUACCUUUCACACCUCAUCGGGGACGGCGCUUCAUCACAGCGGCCUGGCUGUCUGCGGAGGAACGCGCUGAGGUGCAGAGAGAACUGAUGCAGGGGGUGCGUGCCAUUUCAGUUCGAGCCAACGUUGGCGUUAACGUCGGCUUUCCUACCGAGGACGAGGGACAGGUUUUGACGCAGCAGGGCUUCAUUGCGCGUACGGCCCGACAAGCUUGGUGGAGCAAUCGGAGGCCAAAGCCCUACAAAGACUUCCGGGAUUUCUUGCGAACGCUUCGCCUGAAGAGAGCACGUGAAAUCGCCAAGCAACGGGCUGCCUUGAGAGAUGCCAAUGUGCAGACCAUGGUGAUCGAUGGCAGUUUGGAUCCUGAUGCCGUCACCCCUGAGUUGAUGUCUGAAGUGUUCCAUUCAUGCUACGUGCCUACGCAGCUGAAGAAUGGUAAUGUGGAGACCAGCAACGGGGAGUAUAGGUUUGAUUUGACCGAAGACUUUUUCUGUUCUCUUGGAGAACGUAUUCCACAUCGAGUCCUCCUGAUUCUUGCGAGAGAGAAUGAUGGCCGCCUGCUGGGCGGCUCGCUCUGUUUCGUCAAGGAUGGGUGCAUUUAUGGUCGCUACUGGGGGUCUGCAGAAACCGAGCUUGACCUGCCGUUUCUACACUUCGAAUGCUGCUACUACUCUGCCAUUGAACAUGCCAUUGCCCACGGCUACGAGCGCAUAGAGCCUGGGAAUGGUGGAGGUCAAGUCUACAAGGUGCAGCGGCGCAGAGGCUUUGAACCUGUUCCCACUUGCUCCUUUCACUUCAUUCCAGACCUGGCCCUCCGGGAGGAGGUCGCCGAGCUGGCGCGCUGUGCAGCCGAAGGACAGAGCGCCUCGGCCUCAGCUUUGGCUCAAGAGAAACCGAGAGACGACUCGACUUUUCGAGUCGUGUCCGGAUGUGCAGAACUCGUGCCGGUAUCCCUUGAUGGGGUCUUUUCUGUCCGGACAGAAGCACUUCUCACACGGAUCUUUGGUCGCGAGCCCAGUGUCUUUCGGUGUCCCGUCAAUGGCGGUGAGAGAGCGGUGCAUGUGAGGUUGGGCACUGGAAGGCAGGGAAAAACCUUAUUGGUGAGGGGCAAGUCUGAGCAGAAGAACCUCUUCGUCGCCAAGGAAAGCCACGAAAAGGAUCCCAUUGCUAUAGCAGACUUGCGCAAAGAGUUUGACUACUUGAAGUGUCUGCAACACCCCAACAUUUCAAAGGUGGUGGAGUUGGUGCUGGGCAAAGAGUUGGAAAAUGGCCAAUGGACGGAUCGCCGUUAUGUGAUUUCGGAGUUGGCG